AUGCCACAGCCUCAGCCCUCUGAUACCUCGGACGCGUUGCAGAAACUCACUAUCCGGGACUCAUGUCUGGAAUCAGGUCGCGAGCCAAGCGUAGCUCUGCCUUUGGUGUCUCGCGAGGACCAGAUUGCAGGACUACUGGAUAGUGAGGGAAAUGACCAGAGUCAGGCGUCAGAAAACAGUGGCCAACUACAUCUUUCGAGCCCGGUCAAUGCCGAACAAAGAUCCAAUUGGGACCUCGUCAGGUCCAACGAAGCAGCUUCUGAAGUCUCAUCUCCCCCUCCUCCGCCUCCAGAUACGUGGGAUUCGCUCGCAACUCGCAGCUUAGCGUCGUUGUCGGAGCUCGCGUUUGAUGCGCAAGCUAUUGACAGCCUGGAUUGGAUCACAGAAAUCUUGCGAAGCUAUACUUGUCUGGAUGAUUUCUUAGCUAAAGCACCGAAGGAGCUGAUGUUCUGGUUCUUCCAGCAACGGAAGACCUUUCUAUCACAGAAAACAAUGACGAAAUGGAGCCGUGACAAUCUGGACGACUACAUUCUUCUGCCUGCCCAAAAUGGCUUCGUCAGCCGGAGUGAAUGCUUUUUUAUGAGCCAUUUUUGGCUCACGCAAGAUCACCCUGAUCCCGACGGCGAAUGUCUACGCCUUCUUCAAGCAGAGCUUCGGCCACAGCAUUGGUCGUACAUCUGGGUAGACUGGACAUGCAUACCCCAGAGUCCGCGCACCCAGGCAGAAGAGACAUAUUUUCUACGAUCGCUGGGAACAAUGCCGGGAAUCGUUCGGAAUUGUGCAUUUAUUUGGUUUUACCCGCCCUUUGAAGCACGCCUGUGGAUUUUAUUUGAAAUUGCCGAGUUCACCCUUACGUCCAUUGUGGAGUUUGAAGCAACCCCGGACAUCAGGGAGUUUAAAGACCACAUCCGGCAAAUGGUGGACACGAGCGUGCGUUCGGUACUGGACAAGUAUGGCUACAAGUGUACGCACAACCGCGACAAGGCAUUUCUCACUUCUUGGCUCGAAAUACUCAUCCUUCUACGAAGAUUGUCUGUUGAAAUCGACGACAUCAGGCGGAUUAUGGAUCACCUAACCUGGUUUCAAACGACCCAAGUAAUAAUAGUUAAGGCGCCAGGCGCCGUUUUUGAGCUCUGCAAGUUUCAAGGCACCUUCAUUCUCAAUGGGGAGCGCUACAAAUUCACUCCGUUUCCUAAGUGGGUAAGUUCUCCUAUCAUUAAUCAUGAUACCUUUCCUUUUGUUAAAGGUUAUUGA